GGGUAAUGGCACAUGCACCUGUAAGUUUACGAAAUGAGAAAUUGGUUUAAAGAAUCCUCUCUUUCCAGUUUCUGCCAUCCUUUUCUUCCUUCUUAUUCACUACAAACUGAAAAAUAAUAAAAGAGAAUCAAUCCUUUUUCCCUCUUUCCCAACCUUAAUCUUUUGUAUCUUUGAUACUGUCCAUUCUUUGAAUUUCUUCUCAAUCAACCCUUAAUAUCAAAAUGCGUUACCAAUUCGUUUCCGCCGCCAUCUUAGCCUCCAUCUCCUCCGUCUUUGCCCAAACUGCUGGCUUUGACGCUAUCUCCGUUCCAACCAGCGGUCAAGUCGUCAGUGUUGGAGAUGUUUUGGAUAUUACCUGGGCUCCUAACUCCGUCUCCGGAACUGUUACCAUCAAGCUUUUGGAGGGUGCUUCCCCUGCUACCUUGAACUACGAUCCUGUCGUCGUUGCCACCUCCGUCAACAACUUGGAUGGAUCAUACAAGUGGACCGUCCCAGCUUCCGUUGGUAGCUUCGCAACCUACGGUAUUGCCAUCUUCCUCGAUUCCGAUGUCAACACCUUCCAAUGGUCAUUCCCAUUCGUCAUCAAAUCCGCUGCCUCCUCCUCUUCCUCCGUAAUCGUUUCCACCACUGCCCCAUCAUCUGUCGUCACCUCUGCUACCACUGAGCCACACGCUGCCUUAUCUUCCUCCACCAGCUCUGCCUUCUCUAGCAUCUCUGGUAUCCCAGGUGGAUGCAACCCAGCCCACCCAGGAUCCUGCCCAAGCUCCUCCACCAGCGCUGUCUUCUCUAGCAUCUCUGGUAUCCCAGGUGGAUGCAACCCAGCCCAUCCAGGAUCCUGCCCAAGCUCCUACUUUAGCACCGUCACCACCGCUACCGCCACCCCAGCUCCAGUUCCUACCGCUGCCCCAGCCACCAACGGAACUGCUUCCAACGGAACCUACACUGCUCCUUCCGGAUCCAACGUCACCUUGAGCUCCGGUGCUUCUGCUACCAAGACCGGUUCUGGUGUUGUUGUCGCUACUGGCGCUGCUUCAGCAAAGGUCGCCACUGGCUCCUUCGCUUUGUUGGGUGGUCUCUUUGCUGCUUUCGUGUUGUAA